AUGGCUCCCGCUACAACACCUCCGCAGGUUCCUCGUUCUUCAAAAAUUCUCUUAUACGCGCUCGAAGUAGCCACAGAAACAUGGCAGAAUGAUCUGAAAGUUCUAUUUGACCAGGCAAAGUUCCGGUAUGCGGACAUUGUUUGGGAUAGAACAGACGAUAAUGGGCAUCACAUAGAUGAGAUAUGGGGGCACAAAGCAAUCAUUGAUGCUCGAGCUUCAUUAUUGUUUCAGAAGAAGUAUUUCUCGUCCCGGGCAAUGAAAGAGUCUAGUCUUCAUCCAAUGCACCAUUCACCUCAUGAUCAGGACUCGCCGCAGAUACUGAAGCUUCCUUUGGCCAGUGAUGGUACAUUGUUCCGUGUACCAGAGGUCAUAGACUCAAGCUUAUUCCUAUAUGAGCUUGAGUAUCUCUAUACUGGAAGGGGCAUGUGGAAUUUAAUUCAAUUUUUGUCUGAUCCAUCGACUGAACUCGGUCUGACGCAAAUUCCAGAGCCAUCGCUAGAAGAAAAAGAGUUGAAGAGAUUGCGCCAAGAUUUGCUAAAUAUGUGGUCACAUCAAUUGCACAGUGAUAUCCGGAUAACGAUCAAGGCCAUGGGGGACUCCUCAAGCAGCGGCCAAAUUACCUUCUCCGCUCAUCGAUUUAUCCUUGUCUCCCGCGUCCCCUACUUCCGUUCCUUAAUGUCUGCACCGUAUGCUCCAAUUGAGCAUGGCACGUAUUCUAAAAACAUUAUAUCACUAAGCCUCCCUUCCCCUCCCUUCACGCCUUCAUCGCUUUAUUUGUCGCUCGGAUUUAUUUAUAGUGGUACCAUGGCAUUCAAGGACUGCGACUGGGACCUCAAAACUGUCUUUGAUGUCAUUCGAUCCGCAAAGUAUUUGGGGCUCGAUACGCUCAAGAACGAAGCUCGGGCAUGGAUUAUUGAAGGGAUGAUGCAUGGACUAUUUCGCGCAUAUCUUCCAACCGAUGAAUACGAAUGGGAAGUCAAAGGAAAGUGGGGUACUGGAGGUUGCGAGUGCGACGAAUGUCAAAGGCGUGCACCUCGGGUGCUAGAGCACGCGAUGAAAGAAGAUAUACGGGAUCUUGCACUCGAGCGCGGGGCCCAGCGUGCCUUGGUAAACAUGUACGGAGAAGGAUGGGUAACACCAGAGUUUUUGGAACUACCUCUAGAAUUGAAGGAAAUGCUCUCCAAGACCCUCGAGCAGCAAAUAACGACCCGAAAUAUUAUCCCCCUUUUAGUUGCAACUCAAGCCGGUCUCAAUAAACUUGCCUCUAAUUCAGAGUCUCCUGCCGAAGAAGUCAAACAACUCAUGCACCAAGUAAGGCGAAAAAUUGACGCAGUUACAUGCAACAAUCUGGACGAUCUCCUUGAACAGCCCGAGUGGAUUAGCUUGCUCGAGAGCGACACUGCAGGGUUCCCUGAUGUGGAAAAGUUCGAUCUAGUCCUCAAGUCAAUUAGGCGUGGGUGGACGGCUAAGAAUGUCGGGCGCGUUUACCAAACAUUGGUUUCCUCCGUUUUGUUGCGCCCAGGCUCAACACCCGGAACAGCAUUUCUCUCUACAGACUCUAUGCUACGAGCUAGUGUCGAGUUGUUGCGAAAAGACGCCAUUGAAUGGAUUGCGAGACACCGUAAACAGAUGUCGGGCUGCUUUAAGGGCCUAGAGAGAUGGGUGUUGAAAGAAAUCGGUGGUGAGCUCGAGAUGCUCGCCGAAAAUAGCGCCUUAUCCGAGUCUCCUUCCGUUUCCACCUUACAAAAGGAGACUCAAGCGCUCCUUAUCACUCCCAACUCAGGUUUAGAUUCGGACGCCAAAUCGACAAACACACAUUCGCUUCGCAAAAAGCUCUCUAAAUUGGCGUUGAGCUCGAUAUCUACGGUCAAUCAUAAGCAGAGAAGUGAAAACGCCUCAAGCUGGGUAAUCGUUGAAGAACAGCCCCAUAAACAAGCACCAGAUGAUUCGCUCCCUCCGUUUGAUGAUAUAGCUCGACCCAAGAAUAAUCAGAAAAAUGACUUUGCUGGGAGUAGCCCUACAAGUAUAAGCGCGGGCGCAAGCACAAGCAAGAGCAUAACUGUUGGUGAAAGUAAAGAACCAAUACCCGGCGAUGUCCCAAUAAGCAAGGUUAUGAGUAUCAACGAUGUAGUCUCACAUUUGGUGGCUCGUGGAUGCCAGGAUAUGGCUAAUGAUGUCGAUCGAAUGGUGUCUCCCUGGAUGGGAAGAGGCAAUUUGCCUCGUUACUUGGAACAAACGCCGGAUGCGGAUCGAUAUAAUUUGUGCGCCCAAAUAUGCGACGGGCUAUGGUACAUACAUCAAAGCGGAAUUAUUCACGGCGAUUUGAAAGGGGUCAACGUCCUUGUUUCUGACGACGGUCUUCCUGUUCUCAUUGACUUUGGCAACUCUCUUCACCUGAGCCGGUCAUUGAAGUUUACGCGCACAACGAGUAGUAGUUCAUUGACUGUGCGAUGGGCUGCUGCAGAACUUAUAAUUGGGUCGAUCACUACCCCAAAUGAAGCAUCAGACGUAUAUGCACUUGGAAUGGAAGCGUUGGCGGGGACCAUUCCAUACAACGGCAAGAACGAACCCAAUAUAAUGUAUCUCGUGACCACAAAACGUGAGCCCCCGGAAAGACCCAAUACCGACUGGGCGAAAAGACGCAGACAAACUAUGGAAAACGCUUCUUCGCUGUUGGUCAUUUGA